GGCGCGUGCGUACGUGCGUGCGUGUGUGGUGUGUAUAAAAGAGAGGCAUAUAGCGUUGCUGCUGCUACUGCUGCUGCCACCACCGCCGCUGCUACCGCAGUCAUUCCGCUGGGGCAAGAGCUCGAGAUGACAGACCAUAGACCCACUUCUGCCAUCCUCCUGCCGCAGUUCAUCCACCCGACCCGCACCACUCGACUCGCCAUGCGCUAUGCCGCGGUUCUGGCGCUUCUGCUGUGCUCGGGACAAGUCUUUGCCCUCCCUGUGAACAGCCCCAUGACAAAAGGGGACACUAAGGUGAUGAAAUGUGUCGUGGAGGUCAUCUCUGAUUCGCUGUCCAAACCCAGCCCCAUGCCUGUCAGCUCUGAGUGUCUGGAGAUCCUCCAAGGAGAUGAGAGGGUCCUCUCCAUCCUGCGACACCAGAAUUUGCUGAAGGAACUCCAAGACCUGGCUCUCCAAGGUGCCAAGGAGCGGGCCCAGCAGCAGCCGAAGCAAGAGGAGCAACAGCAGCAACACAGCAGCUUCGAGGAUGAGCUCUCAGAAAUGUUCGAGAACCAGAGCCCUGAGGCCAAGCAUGGAGACGCUACAGCAGAAACUCCGUCUACCGAAGCCGUGGAGAAGAGAGAGGACUCUUACGAGGGGCAACAGGGUGGCUCUGAGGGACCCAGGACUCAGGCUGUCCCAGAGCCCAGGCAGAAGUCCUCUGUGGUGGAGAACAGUCAGACUUCUGAGGAGGACACAGCCACCAACACCCAGCCACCGGCCAGCCUCCCCAACCAGGAGCACAGGGACCUGCAGGCCACGGGGGACAGCGAGACAGGCCCGAGUGUCCGGCAACAAGCCAUAAAUGCCAAACAGGAGGAGGAAGAGCACAAGGAGGUUAGAGAGAAGGCUGGGCCCGAAGAAGCCCCCACUGCAACAUCCAGCUCCCGCUCCCAAACCGAAUACCAGGAGAUCCAGAAAGAUGAGGGUCAGUUGGACUCUCAGGCAGUGGAUGGAGCUGGAAAGACCGGGGCUUCUGAAGCUCUGUCACCCCAGGGGGAGCUGGAGCUCUCUCGGCAAGAGGACAACGAGGAAGAUGUGAUGGCAGGGCCGCCCCAAGGUCUCUUUCCAGGCAGGAAGAGCCAGGAACUAGAGCAUAAGCAGGAGGAGGAGGAAGAGGAGCAUCUAUCCAGAGAAUGGGAGGACAAGCGGUGGAGCAGGAUGGACCAGCUGGCCAAGGAGCUGACGGCAGAGAAGCGGCUGGAGGGGGAGGAUGAUCCUGAUCGCUCCAUGAAGCUCUCCUUCCGGGCCCGGGCCUAUGGCUUCAGGGACCCCAGGCCUCAGCUGCGCCGGGGCUGGAGGCCAUCUUCCAGAGAAGACAGUGUGGAGGCCCGAGGCGACUUUGAGGAAAAGAAGGAAGAGGAAGGCAGCGCCAACCGCAGAGCAGAGGACCAGGAACUAGAGAGCCUGUCAGCCAUCGAGGCAGAGCUGGAGAAGGUGGCUCACCAGCUGCAAGCACUGCGGCGGGGCUGAGGCACCGGUUGGUGGGGCCAGCCAUGGUUUCAAGGCACCCUGUGACCCUGGUCCCGUGGCUUGAAUGCAGCUCCCAGUAGGGGGGCUGCCUCUGGCCACCAGAGAGCCCAGGUUGCCCUCUUGCCCCUCAUCCCCUCCUGUUCUCAGCCCCUACCCUGGACACUUCUGCAGGACAGCUCUGACUGUCAACACAGAUUCCUUCUCUGAACACAGGCAGCUUUCUAGAAGUUUCUCUUCCACCUUAUCCACGGGGCACAACUGCAAUAACUUCUGACCUUUGGGUGAAAGUCGAGAACUCCUGACUAUACGAUAUUCCAGAUAAAAUUUGUUGACAGAAUAAACCUGCUUUGGGCUCUUUCCUUUUC